AGAACAAAGAACCAGCUGUGUGGUAUUGUAUAUAACUAUAUAUAUACCUAUCUAUAUUCCCCUCUUCACCUCCAUUGUAGGACAGAAUUAAAACAAACACACCCUGUCACCAAUAGAGAGAAAAAGAACUCGUUGAGUACUAAAAGAGAGUGAGACUGAGAGAGAAAUGGCAGCCGAUAAGGUUGUAGAGACAGUGAUAGUGGGAAAUUAUGUAGAGAUGGAAACUGAAGGGAAGCCACAGGAUGUCAAAACAAAGCUCUCUAAGUUCUUCUGGCAUGGCGGUUCCGUUUACGACGCCUGGUUUAGCUGUUCUUCUAAUCAGGUGGCUCAAGUUUUGCUUACACUUCCAUACUCAUUUUCCCAGCUGGGGAUGCUCUCGGGGAUACUGUUUCAGCUCUUCUAUGGGUUGAUGGGGAGCUGGACGGCUUAUCUUAUUAGCAUACUCUACGUAGAAUAUAGAACAAGAAAAGAAAGAGAAAAAGUUGAUUUCAGAAACCAUGUUAUUCAGUGGUUUGAAGUUCUUGAUGGGCUCCUUGGAAAACACUGGAGGAACGUGGGCUUGGCGUUUAACUGCACUUUUCUUCUGUUUGGAUCCGUGAUUCAACUCAUAGCUUGUGCAAGCAACAUAUAUUACAUAAAUGACAAUCUCGACAAGAGGACUUGGACUUACAUCUUCGGGGCUUGUUGCGCAACCACAGUCUUUAUUCCUUCGUUUCACAACUACAGAAUUUGGUCUUUUCUCGGCCUCGUGAUGACAACUUACACAGCCUGGUAUCUCACCAUUGCCUCUCUCCUCCAUGGCCAGGUGGAAGGAGUGAAACAUUCGGGCCCAAGCAAAUUGGUGUUAUAUUUUACAGGAGCCACAAACAUUCUCUACACAUUUGGGGGACAUGCCGUCACUGUGGAGUUGAUGCACGCAAUGUGGAAGCCCCAGAAGUUCAAGGCCAUCUACUUACUGGCGACUCUGUAUGUGUUGACACUGACACUGCCCUCCGCAUCAGCUGUUUAUUGGGCAUUUGGAGACAUGCUUCUUACUCACUCCAACGCCUUUGCCCUUCUCCCCAAAUCCCCCUUCCGAGACAUGGCUGUCAUUUUAAUGCUCAUCCACCAGUUUAUUACAUUUGGAUUUGCAUGCACACCAUUGUAUUUUGUGUGGGAGAAAGCCAUUGGGUUGCAUGAGUGCAAGAGUUUAUGCAAAAGGGCAGCAGCAAGAUUGCCUGUGGUCGUCCCCAUUUGGUUCUUGGCUAUCAUCUUCCCAUUCUUUGGCCCCAUCAACUCCACCGUUGGAUCACUUCUGGUCAGCUUUACCGUCUACAUCAUCCCUGCCUUAGCCCAUAUCUUCACCUUCAAAUCAGCCGCCGCCCGAGAGAAUGCGGUUGAGCAGCCACCGAGGUUUGUGGGGCGAUGGAUUGGCACCUACACAAUCAAUGUGUUUGUGGUGGUGUGGGUGCUGGUGGUUGGUUUUGGGUUCGGAGGCUGGGCUAGUAUGAUCAAUUUUAUUCACCAAAUUGACACAUUUGGGCUCUUUACUAAAUGUUACCAAUGCCCACCACAAACACUGCUGCCACCGCCACCUCAUGCUCUUAAUGCCACCGCGCCACCACCUCUCCACCACCCUGCCGUGAAUCAUACUCAUCACAGCCUUUGAUUUUGGCAUUCAAAACAGAACUAGCUAACACCAAAGUGCCCCCCACAAACUACAACCAUUAGUGUUACCUACCUUCACGUACGCUUGGCUGUUUAGAUUAUAGACAGAGAAGAUAAGUUGUUGGAGUUAAAUUUAAGCCACCAAUAUAAAAUGUACUUGGCUAGUUAUAAACUCAAGUCAUUAUCCAUACCCAUACACCUUUAAUUCUCUGUCUCCCUUUGUUUAGAUUACUGAGUUUGUUAUGCCUUUCAAGGAUAAGAAAAAUAUUGUAUCCAAAACUGGAAAUUUGUACUCUUAGCUAUGUAUUGCAAAUUGCUUAUUUCUCUCU